UAUAUUGCAGUGGGACUCCUGAGGGAUCAGCCAACUGUUUCUCCAGGGAGAAGAGGCAAGGAGCGGCUCAGCUGCCUGUUCUGAGACUCUGCUUCAAGGGGAGCAAGAGCCCUUCACCUGAAAUCCUCCCACGAUGCUGUGGCUGCUCCUGCUGCAGGUCUGGGAGAGCUGCCUCUGGCUAGGACACGGCGAGGUGGUGGAGUCCUUUGCAAAUACAUGUAAUGAGUUUUUCUACCAGAAAAUGCCUGCAACAAAUGGUCUGCUGCCAGAGAACCCAGCCUGGAUCUGCCAGACCUUCAAAGACCAGCCUUUCUAUGCCACCUUGUAUGACAAAGACAGGCGUAUUCCUGUGUACUCUGCUUACAUCUACCAGUUUGACACUAGCAAGAGAGUUACACCAUUAUGGAUGGUUGAGCCCCAGCUGAUACGGGACAAUUUGCCCAAAGACAUGGAAACAGAGGCAACCCUCAGAGAAACUUACGAAGUCAGCCAAGAUGAUAUCAGCGAGAGCCAGGCUGUCUACCAAGACUACCUUAAACUUAAAGGUUUGGACCGUGGCCAUUUGAACCCCGCUUCCCAUCACGACACCCAGGACGGCAGGGACGCGACCUUCACCCUCACCAACAUAGUGCCCCAGAACACUGCACUCAACAACGGCAAAUGGAAUGUCUAUGAGCAGAAAACGAUGCCCAAGAAAAGCAAGGACUGUCAAACCACCUAUGCCAUUGUGGGUGCUGUGCCUGGGAACUCCUCCAUUGCCGGUGGGAGGGUUAAUGUACCCAGCCACAUCUGGGCCAGUGCCUGCUGCAAGACCAACAACAACACCGUGAUUGCUUGGGCAGCCAUUGCUGAGAACGAUAAGGACAAGAUCCGGGUCCUCAAGCUGGGGGCGCUGGAGGAAACGUUGGCUGAGCUGUAUAACAGGGGACCGGUUUCUCUGUUCCAUGUGGACUGUCCCCGUACAUAAGCCUCACAUCCUGGAUGCAAAAGGCUUGAGGGCUUUUCCCACAUAUCACA